AGAAAAUGAUGAAAAUAACUCUCAAAAAUAACCAAAAAAGGAACAGAAAAAGGAAGAAACAAUCAGAUUCAAACUUUUUAUUCAAUUUGAAAACUUUCAAACCAACUUCAAAAUAAAAUGCCAGCCAGAAAAUCGAUUAGGUUGAAGAGCAAGAGGAAUAAUACUAGGAAUUUACAUAGAAUUUUAAGUAAGAGGGCUUCCUGAAAUACUAUGAGAAGUAUUGAGACAAUUAUUCCGAAAGAUAAUUUACCCUCCCUCAAUGACCCCUCCUUCCUUGAAAUUAUCAGAAGAAAAGCAAGUAGAAUAAAAGGAUUAGGAGAGAUACCUAAGAAGAGAAUCGUAAACGUCAGUUCAACUAUAUCAAGAGCUAAUAAUUUACAAGAGCCUUGUAAAACCUUUUUGAGCAGAUCAAUGAAUGUUUCCAACUCUAAUUUGGAGAUAAAUGAGCUCAACAAAGACCUUAAAAUCAUUAAGAAAACCCCUGUAGUAAGAAAAAAGAUACAGAACUUUCUAAGAUUUGAUCCAUCACCUAUAAUCCUUCCGUCCCCAUCCAACCAUCACAAAUCAUGAGAAACAGGGGGCUAUGAACCUAAUCACAAAGGCAUGUUUAUUCUAAAGCAUCUUAACUACAUCAAAAAGUCUAAGAAAGUCAAUCAGGCUAUAAGGCCAAUUAGACUGAAGAAAAACCCACAGUCAAUAACUUACAGAGCAAUAAGUAUCAAAAAUAUUAAAUACAGCUCCUUACAGAAGUACUCAAUUUAAAAUCUCAAAUAAUUUUCAAAUAAAGCUUAGA